AUGGCUCAACAUCGGUUCCGCCCCAACCUCCCUCUCUCCAAACCCUCCUCCAAGCUCUGCAUGCAGACUAAAUGCGUUCCACCACAAUGCCACCUGACCUCAUUCUCCCAGUCACACCGUAGACGAGACGCGGAGAGGUGUGGAGAGCAACGCAAUUUCGAGACGCGUGAGGUCGUCCUCCUGCUUUCGUCCACAGAGUCCCGCGCCUGCCCGCUUAUUCACCCAGAUGUGCUUUCGUUCCUUUCCUAG